UUUCUUCUGGCAACACUGCAUAAAGUAACACGGUUUUAUGGUUUUCUUUUAAUUUGAAAUUUGAUUAUUUGGAAUAUCCAUGGCCCAUGGUGAUGAGAUGUGAAUGUGAUAGAGAUAAGUGAUGUGAUGAUAAGUUUAGGCUGUGGUUGACGUUAAUUUUCAAUUACCUCUGAAACAUAUACAUACAGGAUGGAUUCAAUAAAACGACGUCGAAUCACCGUGAAAUAUAAAAGAGCCAACCCUUUAUUUGAGCAGUGGAUAAGCCAGUGGAAAGAAGAAGCUAAAAAUCAAGGUUCAAAUAAAGAACGAGCAUAUUGUAGAGCCCUUGCAUCCCUGAAAAAAUGCCCCAUACCUUUGAAUUCUGGCAAAGAAUGUAAAAUACUGAAAGGUUUUGGUGAUAAGCUAUGUCAAAUGUUAGAUAAUAAACUCAAAGAACAUGAAGUUAAUGUUAUUGAUGAUAUUACUAACCCAAAACCAGUUCUUGCUAAUAUACCCAGUAUUAGUUCAGAAGUUGGUGUAACACAACCAGAGACAAGUAACGAACUUAAAGAGAAUUCAGAAAUAUGCUCCAAUAAAGACAAGAAACAGCUAUUUGAAGAAGUCAUCCUCAUAGACUCUGACACAGAAAGAGAACCUGUUGAAGAACAAAACUCAUCUGCAUACCCAAAACCAAAUAAAGAUUCUUGUGAAACCCCACAUUCUGUGCAAAUGGAAACAAAUCUUGAAAAUAUGCCACUCAGUUCAAAAGUCAUAGACCCCAGUAUAGGAAAACAACCUGUGACUAACCAUACAGACAAACAGAAAAGGAUGAAAAAACAGGUAUCAAGUACCUCCAUAGCUUCUCAAACAAAUUGCCAAGAUGAAUUUUUAUAUUUUGAGCCCAGAAGCUUUGAAAUUGUGUUGUAUAUAGAUACUGGGGAAACGACAGGAAGCAAUGUUGUUGUGAAGAAUGACCCACUUCUAGCCGAACUCACAAAACUACCUCAUGUUCCUGCAUAUGAAGUUAAGCGCUUAAGCGUUGGAGAUUUUGUUUGGAUAUGCAGGCACCGGGUCAGUAAAAAAGAACUUAUUCUUCCUUAUAUUAUUGAAAGAAAGAGAUUAGAUGACUUUGCAAAGAGUAUUCGAGAUGGUCGAUACCAUGAGCAAAAGUUUCGAUUGAAAAGAUGUGGUAUACAAAACAAGACCUACUUGGUAGAAAAUUACAUCAGUAAACAUUUAGGUCUGCCAUUGCAAACUUUGUUACAAGCAGCAACCAACACGGCGAUUCAAGAUGGAUACCAUGUGAAAAUCACAUCAAAUUUAAGGCAUACUGCCCAGUAUUUGAGCAGAUUCACCAAAAAGCUCAAUGAGAAAUUCAAGGACAAAGCUGUGAUGAGCUGUCCAAAGGACAGUUUGGACGAAAAUCAAUUGAAUGAUGAUUUAUUUUCACUGAUGACUUUCAAGGAGUUCAAUGAAACCUCUUUAAAAAACAAGGCAACGACGGUGACAGAACUGUUUGUCAAAAUGUUGGUACAAGUUAAAGGAAUUUCAGUCGAGAAGGCCUUGGCAAUUGUGGAAGUUUAUCCCUCUCCUUCACUUUUACUGAAGGCCUAUUUGGAGAAUGAAGAUGUCAAACCGGAAAAACUGCUAGAACAGAUACAAUUCGGGAAAUAUAAAAAAAAGAUUGGACCUGCAUUGAGCAAAAUUGUUUCAGAUCUUUUCACUUUGGAACGUUUGUAAAAAAUAGUUUUUAUUUUUUAUAUGUAUUCUAAACAGCUCUUUUUUUGUAAUGUGGGACAUGUUGCUAAUUAUUUUUUUACUCUGAAAUUAUUUGCAUUUUACAAUUGUGAUAUUUUAUGUAGUAAUUUUUUAUUGAAUGCAGAGAUAUAUACAAAUGUUUAGAAUAUAGUACAUUGUACAUUAAAAAAUCAGGAAACCACAAG